CAAAAACUCGAGUUUUUUUUUUUCUGAAAACUUUAUUACUUGUAAGUACCAUGUCCGGAGAAGAAAUGAAGUAUAAACUGCUAAUUCAUUCUGCGAAGCAAGUUGUGCAAGUGGUGAAAAAUGGUGAACAAUUGGUAAUCGGAAAAAACUUGGAUAAAGUUGCUGUAUUGGAUGGUGGUGAUACCGGUAUUAGCAUUGUUGUUUCAAGUGAUGGAAUCAUCAGCGACAUUGGUAACAAGAAUGACAUUGAAGAGAAAUAUAAAGCAUCUACAUUUGAAAAUAUUAUUGAUGCAACUGGUAAAUGUGUUUUGCCUGGUUUGGUGGAUGCCCAUACUCAUCCCGUAUGGGCUGGAGAUAGGGUGAAGGAAUUUUCUAUGAAACUCGCUGGUUUCUCAUACAUGGAUAUCCACAAAAUUGGUGGAGGCAUAUACUAUACUGUUGAUCAAACAAAGAAAACAGACGAGUCAAUUUUGCUGCACUUGUUGAAAGUUCGUCUUGAAGAAAUGUUAAAAUGUGGCACAACAUUGGUGGAAGCAAAGUCUGGUUAUGGUCUGGAUCUAGAUACAGAGUUGAAAAUGCUCCGAGUUAUAGAGCAAGCAAAGAAAGAGACUAGCAUGGAAAUUUCUUCAACUUACUGUGGUGCCCAUGCAGUCCCAAAGCAUUUGACUUCGGACGAAGCAACCAAAGCUAUCAUAGAAGACCAAUUACCAGCCUUGAAGAAGCUUAUGGAGUCGAAAGAACUGAAGAUCGACAAUAUUGAUGUCUUUUGUGAGAAAGGUGUAUACGAUGUUAACCAAAGUCGGCAAAUUCUAACGGCUGGAAAAGAAUUGGGUCUGCAGAUAAAUUUUCAUGGAGAUGAAUUGAAUCCUAUAGGAGCAGCAGAGAUGGGAGCAUCUCUAGGAGCAACAGCCAUCUCUCAUUUGGAGGAAAUCAGUGAAGAUGGAAUAAGAGCCAUGGCAAAAAGUAGAACAGUGGCAGUAGUCUUGCCUACUACAGCUUACAUGUUAAAACUAAAACCACCUCCAGUUAAAAAAAUGAUUGAAGAAGGGGUGCCUGUAGCUCUUGGGAGUGAUUUUAAUCCUAAUGCUUUCUGUCUUUCAAUGCCGCUAGUAAUGCAUCUAGCAUGUGUAUUAUGUGGAAUGUCUAUGGAUCAAGCACUUUAUGCAGCCACAAUUAACUCAGCUGCAGCGUUAGGAAAAUCUCAUUCUCAUGGCUCAAUAGAAGAAGGAAAAGUAGCAGAUUUUAUAAUUAUCAAUGCAAGCAGGUGGGAACAUUUGAUCUAUCAAAUGGGAGCACAUAAUUCCCUUAUAGAUUCUGUUGUAAAGAGAGGUAACAUCAUUCACAAGAACAAGGAUUCUUCAUUCAUUAUUUGAUAGAUAAAUUAUAUAUAAAGUUCAUUAUGAUAUACAUAUGUAUGAAUGUUUUGUAAAGAAAAAAAAUAAUAAAUAAAUAAAAUGAUCUGAAAUUUUU